AUGACUGGUGUUCUGGAUGCCGUACACCGGACUUCGUCAUCAGUCAUGGAAGCCUACGAACGUAAACGGGGCAGUGCAUCUCCGACUCCAUUAAUUCGAAUGGCAAAUCCACAGACUCCACCACCAGGAGGAGGUGACUACGGGAGUGAUGGAACACAUAGACAUACUGAUCGUCUGAUUGACAAAUUCAUGAAAAGAAAAAUAGAAAAUGCACCUCCUGAAACCCAUCAUCUAGUUAGAAAGCAGUCAGUAUUUAACUUUGUCAAACGAGAAGAGAAAGAAAAACCCAAACAAACAACUUUCAAAAAGAUCCGGAAAAAAAUUCGAAAAUUCAAUACUAUCAUCGCAUUUAUUAUUUUGGUAGCCUACAUAUGUGGAGGAGCUGCACUUUUUUGGCAAAUCGAAUCAAAUUCUGAUAAGAAACUUGAUGAUUACCACAAAAAUGUUCUUCAGAAAUCAAAGGAAUUGUACAAAGCACUACCACCAAAUCAAUGUGGACCGUUGAAACCGAACCACAAUGAAAUAAAUAAUAAAUGUCUCAAACUGAUUUAUGAAUCCUUGUAUAAUUUGAAUCCUCCAAGGUAUAUAAAUACGUAUCUUGAUGGAUUGGCUUAUGUGCUAACUUGCAUUACCACUAUAGGAUACGGUCAAUUGGUGUGUCGCACAAUAGUAGGCAAAAUGGUUACUGUAGUGUACGGUAUUAUCGGAAUUGCCCUAACUAUUUACGUUCUUCGUCACAAUGGAAAAGUAGCUUUGAGAGUUUGUAACUGGGCUCUUGGCUUAGUUGCUAGUUGUUGGAGAGUAUGUGGAAAUAAAAAGGUGAAAUUUCGAAUGACGGUCACAAAAUCAUUUAUCCUUCUUUUCACAUUCUGGACGCUCGGUUCUCUCGGAAUCGCUAGUUACGAGAAAUUUGUGUUUUGGGAUGCCAUCUACUUUUCAUUCAGCACGUUUUCAACAGUUGGAUUUGGAGAUUUAGUACCGACUAGUCAUAUUUCUGGUGUCAUUAUUUUUGCAUUACAUUUCAUAGACCUUUGUCUUCUUUCGAUGGUAUUUGUACUUGUUCAUGUUCCCUUCCGCGAGGCCGUGAUAUAUCCCAUCGAAAUUCAGCAAACAAUGGAAAACAGUUUCAUGAAAGUUCUCGAACUUCUUGAUGAAGGAUACAGGAAACAUACAACUGAACUGAACACAGGAACAAUGAAUUUACAAUCUCCUGGCGCUUCGAAACGACUUCAGAUGUCGACGGCUAGAGAAACAAAAUGA